GUUUACUAGCUGUGUUCAUAACUAACGCACAUCAUCACCUGCACAGGUAUGAAGGCAGAUUUCACCCCUGCCCAUUUGAUGACGUUAAAUCGUGUGUUUAUUUUUAUUUUUUUGUUUUUUUUUUUAGGGAGAACUAACAUGCACCAGUUCAGUCACUAUAUACAAUCAGGGUCGCUGCACGCGCAGCUCCGGGACUGUAGCAACCAUUCUCACAGCGUUGUGAGAUGAAUAUAAAACGGUGAUACAAUCAGGGUGAUUUUACUGCUCAUCGGAGGGCUCAUGUUCACUGGUCCUCCCCAGAUGCACAUGGUAGUUAAAAAAAUCAUUUACAUAAAUACAUCAAGAUCCAGUAAAACCAGGAACAAAGACCGUGUGUUUGACAUGUCAGAAAUGAUCAACGUGGUUUAAAGACGUCACAGACAAACUAGCAUCUGUUUUUGUGCAUAAAAACAGGAGCCAGUGCUAACACGGUUUUAGAAAUUAGAUUCCUGAUAGGUGGGACAAUCUAAAAACUCAUCAAAAUAAAGUCAUGGAAGAGUUUCCUUUUCUAAAACAACUCAAACCUUGUAUUCUGCAAUGUUGUGGAUUAUUUCACUCUGCAUCUAAUUUCUUUGGACAUUUACAUUUAAAACAGAAUUUUGAUAUUUAGGCUGGAUAGGGUUUUGAUGGUAAAACAGAUGCAGUGUCUCCAGAAAAUGUUGAGAGAAAGCUUUUUAGGUUGUUGAGGGAUCAGAGUUGAUGAGAUGAGGGAAACUGCAUCUGUUACAGCUUUAGCCUGUUGCAGUCAUUUAACUUAAGUUUUCAUCUAUUUAAAUCAUGGCUUGCUUGUUAAAGAGCGAAAGCUAAAUUAACGUAUUUUUGCUGGUAACCUGUACAGAUGAGUGUCUAAUAGGUACAGAUGUGUAAUUCUUAUGUUGUCAGUUUAGUUCAACUUACUUUAAAUAUAAUAUUUCAGCCCAAAACUAUAAUUCUAUCUCCAUCUUCCGGUUAAAACUCUGCUCCACAUCCAUUCAGAAUCAGCCGCAGCUGAUUGCUGUAGAGCUGCAGGGUGACCUCUGUGCAGUACUACGUGGCUGCUCUGCACUGGACUCCUGCUGAGUCUCGCUGCACCUCCACCUGGCUCAGCCAAUCACCUGCCGAUAUGACACAUUAGCGCUCUGAGCCGCUCGCCUACUUGAAAAAAAUGCCCUCCUCCCCUUUUCAUCUAAUGAUUGCGGUUAACAGGAAAUCCCCCAAAAUAUGUCUGCUUUUCUCCUGAGCGCCUGUGCCAUGGCUGCUGGUGUCAGCCUUCUGACUGACCUGCCCCACUCCAUCAGUGGUUCUGUGAAAGAGAUCAACGCUGAGAUGGAGACAGGAAAUACAAGAAUCCCCACAGCAAAAUAUACCAAGAUGGGGGAGACUCUGAGACAUGUUAUCCCCAGUCACAUGCAGUGCUCCAUGGCCUGUGGGGGGAAAGCCUGUAAAUAUGAGAACCCCUGUCGCUGGAGAGAUGAGGAACAAGCCGUCAAGGGACUGUAUUCAUCCUGGAUCACUGACAGCUUGCUAGCCAUGGCCAGGCCUUCCACUGAAGUCAUAGAGAAGUAUGGUAUAAUACAGCAGUUCUACAGGUGUGGCUUGAAGACCGUCAUUAACCUGCAGCGAGCUGGAGAACAUGCCAGCUGUGGUCCCCCGCUGGAGCAAGAGAGUGGUCUCACUUACCGACCUGAGACCUUCAUGGAGGCAGGCAUCUAUUACUACAACUUUGGAUGGAAAGACUACGGCGUAGCCUCUCUAACCACAAUCCUCGAUAUGGUGAAAGUCAUGUCGUUUGCUGUUCAAGAGGGGAAGAUGGCUGUCCACUGCCACGCUGGUCUUGGGAGAACAGGUGUUCUGUUGGCUUGUUACCUGGUCUUCACCACCCGGAUGAAUGCAGACCAGGCUAUCCUGUUUGUACGGAGUAAAAGACCCAACUCCAUCCAAACCAGAGGGCAGCUGUUGUGUGUUCGGGAGUUUGCUCAGUUCCUGGUUCCUCUGCGAAGUGUGUUUUCAUCUGCAGAACCCAAAACAAGUGCCGUCACCUUGUCUCAGUACCUCACCCGGCAACACCACCUGCUGCAUGGCUACGAGGCCCGCCAGAUGAAGAAUGUGCCAAAAAUUGUUCAACUAGUGUGCAGGCUCCUCGUCAGCAUCGCUGCCAACAGACAAGUGGUGAUGGAGAAGCAGUGGCUGGAGAACCCCGACUUCACAGCAGAGGUGGAGAAGACCGUGUCCCAGCAGGCCCUUCAACAGCUUGGGAAGGAGAUGAUAGGAAAAGGGAUCCCUGACCUAUCGUUGUAUUUUCCCAGCCCACCAGCACUACAGUCUCCACAUACUUGUGAUGGUCCUCUUGCCAGCGACAAUGAGCUCGAGCCUGUGUGGAGGCAGCAGCAUUCAGAAAGCUCUCAAAGAACUUCUCUGUUCAACAAAAGGAGCUUCAGUGACUCUUGGCUUUACAAAUCUAGUCCAUGGCCGCACAAUGGAGUACUGCUAAAGAACAGCAAACUAAUUCAUUGCCUAUUCAGUCAUUCUUUGUCUGACAGCAGUCUUACAGCCUCUGACACUCCCUGCUGUUAUCUCCAUCCACGGGACACCCGGAAUCUGAAAGCAGAACAAACUGGUUUCCACCAAUAAGGGGUGUGUGGAUGGAGGAACUGACAGUGGAUCUGCCACAGAUGUUCCUUACAUCAGCCUCCAGUCUGAGCCCACUCCAGAGAACCGACGGCUCCUGGUGGCCCGAGCUCUCGCCAUGGACCUGAAUGACAGCCAGCUUUCUUCUAAGGUCUCAGUGUGGCAGGUAUUUACCUCAGAACUUAUUCAGUUUAACUUUUAAUACUAUCGAGCCUUGAGAUGCAAAAUGUUUGUACACAUUAGCUGUUUAAAGAGCAAGUCACACCCAAAUCAAUUUUUUAAGGCUGAUCAGUUGUAUAAAUGAGUGUCCAAUAGUGCUGUGGUCAAUAUUAUGUUAUUUUAGUGCAUCUUUUUUUAAGGACCGGUACCGUGGUAUUAGUACACUUUCGAGUGCAACGAAAGGCACGAUAUAUGAUAAAAUAUUACCGUUGGCACUAUUGAGAUCUCAUUUUUUAUGAAAUAUGUUAUUUUUGUGAUGCAUUUCUUCAAUCUGUAGAUAAGAAGCUUGAAUUCAAUCAAACCCCGCCUCCUCCCUUGUGAAUUCCACAAUAGUAUACGGCCCAGAGCCUGCAGAUUAACACCAAAAUGUCCACUCAGCCAUUGCCGAGUGGGAUUACUUUCAGUCACCUGCGGAUGGCAGUGUUUGCAAAAAUCAUGUCGAACAGUCGGACAUUACUGGCAUGUCUUAAUAUUGUCAGAUGAAAAACUUAAAAUCGUCUGACAUAUUUACUGACUUGUGUCUUCUGGAAGUAUCCAUUUACUGUUGAAAAUGAAUUAAAGGAUGCCCAGUUGUUGAAAAAUAUUGGCAGCUAUUAAAAUCAGGUCUAAAAUACAUGGGAGGGAGUCUAAGUCAUGGCGUCUAACAUGGCCGUGCCAUACGGGUACCGUAGCUGUACACACACUGGUGUUAGAUGGUUUAUUAUUAACUUAAUACCUAAUUAAACCUCACUACAUUCAGCCAGACGAUUUUAUAAACCCAGACAUCACAUUCUAAGACACUUAACUAGGCUUUUAGUAACCUCUUAGAUAAUGUUUCAAUACAUUUCUGUUAUUGUCUUAUUAGAAAUAAUCAUUUAGAAUAAUUUUUCCUGUAUCAUUAGUCGUAGAAAUAUAGUAAUAAAUUGACUUUUAUAAACUAUAUUUUGUGUUGGUUCCCUGUAGUGUUGUCAAAAAAAUCGAUACCCAGAUAUAAAUCGAUACUAAAAGUGGUAUCUAAAUGAGAUAUUCCAUCCCUGUGGUAUCGAUAUUAUGGACUAUUAUACACAGCCUUCUUCAAGUACACCGACACGCACGACAGCCAGAUGCCGUAAAGCAGCCUCCGCCUCCCAGACAAACAGAAGAAGACGCCACAUGGCUACAUAGCAAUUUCCCACGCGAGUUGUCUCCGAUCCAAGUUUUGUCUGCCAAAUAAAUAAACAAAAACAUAAACAGCGAAUUUGGGAGGCGCUUCACAGCCCAACUUAAUUAGCAUACCAAGUCCGACACGUAGUUGUAUAUUCACGCUUAUGUGCUUAAAGGAAACUCCCGUUUAUUGCAACCCGGACUUAAUUUCUAGCAUGCAGUACGUUUGUUUACUCACGCUGACAACUCUGGUGCUACUUGGAUUCCCCGGGGUAUUUAGAUCCAUCGGCGAAUCGCCGUCAGCGUAUAUCCAUAUAACGGGUGCGGACGGGCGCCCAUGGUGCAGCCUCGAAAUCAGACAUUAUCUGCACCAAAACAUCUUCAUGUCGAAAGGUUUUGUUAGGAAUCAUUAACGUGAUUCCCCUGUUCGUUUGGAGCGGGUCUGGUCUGGGAUUUCUAGGCGUAAACAGACUAGCUGCGGCUAAUCUAACCGGCGCUUUUAAUGACGUCACUGCCGUGCGCCAGUCUGUUUUUAUUAAGAUUACCGGUAGAUGUACCUUUGUCCUACUGUGGAGAAAUGAGUUUUAUCUCUUUAUUGACCAACAGAGUUGUUCAAAAGUACAGAACAAAACAUAUGGCAUUACAUCUUAUGACAAAAAUGCACCUUAAACAGAGUUUAAGCAGCAAAACAUCACUCUGCUAAUAGUGUAUAUAUAGUGAGACAAUUCAUGAUUUAAAGUGUUAACUUUCACCAGUUUUUGUAUGCACGUUUUAAAAAAUGCUGAUACUUGAAAGGUUUAAGCACUUAAUACACUUAAUUCUUAACAUUUAAUUUUUGCAAUAUAAACCGAGGAAUGUUAUUUUUUGAAUAAACUUGUUCGCUAAAUGGGAGUUUUUAAAUAGUAUCGAAAUCGAGUAUCGAGUUUUUUUUUCAAGUAUCGAAUCGAGUUUGAAAUUUUAGUAUCGUGACAACCCUAGUUCCCUGGCAUACCCAAAUGACCUAUUUACCAAGUCAGUUGGAUAUUAAUAAAGGUUCACUGAUGUUGAUAAUCCUUAUUUUUAUGGAAUAUUACAGUUUAUUGAAUACCUAUUUUUUUAUUGACAAUUUAUUAAAGUAAGCACUUACAAAACAUUACAAUGCCAUAUUUCAUUGUAUGGGAGCCUGUGAAGACAAAAUUAAUUUACUAUGGGUAGAACAAUGUCGUCAUUCAUAAAAUUGUUUUACAUAUUUACCUUUUCACUCGUUGCCAGUGACGAAAGGGAAUCUGACGUGCUUGUCAUUUUGCUGGAGGUUGUGAUCCCAGGGAUUUUUGUUUUACCCUAAUGUUCAUCCUUGAGUAAGGUUUUACUGGGACACAAAAAUAAAUCUUACUUGCAAUGGUAUGUACUGAUUCUCUAUAUUAUUAUCAUUUCAUUGUGUUUAUUUCCCAAUUCUAAUUUUGCUUAUCAUUUGUCUUUUCUUGCACCAAGUACCACUGCAAUUUCCUAAUGUGAUUCUUGCAAAUAUGGCAAUAAAACCCUUCAGAUUCUGAUUCUGAUGGGGGCAGUAGCCUCAGCCGGGGGGGCCAGAUUUCCCUCUCCCCAGCCACUUGGACCAGUUUCAUCGGGGGAAUCCCAAGGCGUUCCCUGGCCAGCCAAGAGACAUUGUGUGUCCAGCGUGUCCUGGGUCUUCUUUUAGGUCUUCUCCCAGCUGGACAUGUCCAGAAAACUUCACUAGGAGGCAUCCUACAGGGUCCCCGCGGGGUCUUAAAAAGUCUAAAAUUCAUAAAUUUAAUUUAAGGCCUUAAAAAGUCUUAAAAAUGCCCACAUUUUUUGUCCAAACAUCUUAAAUUUUAUUAGGUCAAGUCUUAAUUUUUAAGUUGUUUAGUCCCGGGAUGCUUUCACCAUAUAGUAAAACUCGGUUAUCUAGUGUCUGCCUUUUUCUGAGGGACUGUGUUGGUACAUUGUGAAUACAAGUCUUGCAAUAACUGUAGACUAUAAAUGCUCAGUUCACGCGGAGCGCGAAGAGUUUGUAGCUUGUUUGCUGCUAGCUAAAAUCUGAUGAGUUAAGUCGACUGUAUCACGGAAGUGUGCGUUCAACGAGAGCUGGCUGUCCCUGGCAAUCGAUAUGAAGCUCGCUGUAAACUUUGCAAGAGGACCAUCUAGUUAGGGACCUUGGGUGUAAAGGCACUCUUGCUCGUAUUUUACCUGACGAACGUUAAAGUGACCACGCUCAUUCUGGUGUGUGUGUGAAUGGGUUUAUGAACGACGUUGUCUCCCCGUUCGAGCUCCAGAUCUCCACGGAGCUAAAGUCCUAGUUGGAACAUCCUGUUAACCAUAGACUUUAUAAAAUGUAGACCCCGAAAGCACGGCCGCCCUAUGGCUACAGCCUAUGCAGUACCGGUCGGUGUGGCGUCUACUUUUCUAUGCCCGUGCUGUGUGGAGGACGAACGUCCUCCACACAGCACGGAUGAGCAGAAAAAUAUACAACUGCACACAACAUUGAUUUUAUAUGCACCCUUACAAGUUUAUCUCAAAUCAAUCAAUUUAUAAAAUAAAGCUUUGAUUGAUUGGUGUUCAAAUUCAUUAUUCCUACUCAAAAGUUGGAAUUUCCAGACUCAUUUCAAAACACGAGUGGCAUCGGUAAUCUAUUAAUUUAUUUGUAUUGUUUUUUUACUCAUUCAUUUGGGGCUAAUCAGGGUUUUUCCUGGCUCAAAUUGAGGCAGAGGUGGUACCAUCCCGACAGUGAGCCAGCGGUCUGUGCAUUCAACUGCCUCACUUUUUUUAAAGGCUAAAUAUUCUAAAAGGCUCAAUAAUAUGCAUUAGAUUAGUGUUUAGUUCCCUUUUCCCAUCUGAUAUUUAUAGUUACAAAUAUUUUUAAAUAUUUGACCUACAUUUCAGUAACAUUUUAGGUUUGUAUUAAUAACACUCAUCUUAGUCACAAUAAAACAUAAAUAUAUCCAGUAAAAUAUAAUGCAUUUCAUUAACAUGCAUUUGCAUUGGAAAUGGUAAUAACAUUUAAUUUCUGCUGCUAACAAUGUAAUGGUGGCAUGUCGAUUAUGUACGGGUUAGGGUUGGGUGGGUUCAGUUUUGCCUUGGCCCCCAAAAUGUCUUGAAACGGCCCUGGGUGUGUGACUGAGCUUUGAAGGUGAUCUGAAUUGUAUCAGAUGUAUAAAUAUCACAUGUGUGUAGCUUGUUGUUUUAUGCAGGUAAAAACGUGUAGUGGAGAUAAAUCUACCUACAUUUUACUUUUCAACACUUUGUUUUGUUUUUAUUUAACUAUUUUCCUGUCCUGUCUGUCUCUCAUCUUCCUGCAUCUCCUCUAAACUCUCCAGAAAAACUGCUGCCUGGAUUCUUACUUUUUCACCAAUUUUGAACUACGCUGAUCAAAGGGAUCAGCAUUUCGAUGCUGUGCCAGUGAGAUGAAAUCAACGCAGCACACGAAUAGCUGAGCACGUCAGGAAUGAUUAAAAGUCAGAGUACCAGAGGAUAUAAUCAGAUAUGAACAAUCUUGUGUUAAUUAGGUUUUGUUGCGCCACCUUGAGAAUGUAUCGUGCGCCGGACGCAGCGGGCGCACCAACUAUCAGCACUCUGCGUCCUCUCCCCUCAACAGAACCCCGCUACGCUGAGAGUCCAUAAAUAUUGUAAUAUAGGUAGAAACUGGAUCUUUUCCUGGAAGAUAUCUAGCCCCCAUAACUCGAUCCCUGCGCCUGGAUGAAAAACCGGACAUUUUGAUCAAUGUAGGAACCCCCCCACCCCCACCCCCCGGACGCCCUGGACAGAGAGUGAAAAGUGGACAUGUCCAGGUGAAAGAGGACAUUAUGGACUGCCGUCAAGCCAACCCUCUUUCGAUUUUUACGGGCGCAACUACAAGAGAAAUUACGGUGUCCUCAUUCGAGAGUGUCUUUCAAAAUAAAAGCACACUUCUAGGAUGUGUGUCUGAACCAUCAACAUUAAUAUUAUGGACAUCUACUUUCCAUAGGCUCCAAUAUCACUUUUUUGAGGCCAAAUGGGAGGUGGCCACCACUGCCAUUUUGACCGUGUCACAGGUUCCGUCAAGCCCAGACAAUUCCAAAAAAGGGAAGAGAGGAGGAGCUGAGGAUGAGGCUGUAAGGCUGGGAUCAACUGACGACACCCGGUCGAACUAGCUACAAGUUAACCUGAAGCUAACCCUGGCUAACCCAAAGCUAACGCGGAGGUGGGAGCCGAGCUAACGGAUGUAGCCACCUAGCUACAACCAUAGCUAACUCUGUGGAACACCCAUCGACCGCAUGGAGUUCAGGUGGAGGUUUGCGGCGCUUUUUCAUGAGAAGUACCUUUCUGUGAAUAAAAAAUAUGAAAUCGGUAAGUUUAUAAGUUAUUUCCAUAAUGAAAAUAUAUUUUGCUUUGAGCAAGUUUUCACUAUCACGUACCGUAUUUUCAGGACUAUUAAGUCGCUCCUGAGUCGCACCAGCCAUUAAAUGUAUAAUGAAGAAGAAAAAAACAUAUGUCGUAUUUUGGGGGGGAAAUUUUAUUUUUCUUACAAAAUCUGAGACAAAGCGUUUCACAUUGCAAGACAAGUACCGAAAACAAUAACCGAAUAAUGCACCGCAGCAGCGCGCCACGGUCUCCAGCAGAGGAAGGCGGUGUUUGAAACCUUCCCAGCGGGACAGGGGAACUCAUUCUUGGGUCGGAGUCGGCCCGCAGCAGCGUGGUGUAGCCUACAUAUUUUGUUAUAUAAGUUGCUCCGGAGUAGCAGGACCGGCCAGACUAUGAAAAAAAGUGCGAUUUAUAGUCCGGAAAAUACGGUAGUUAUUAGUAUUUGAGAUAAAUUAACAAGCUAAAUACAUUUCAUAUAUUUCCAAAACGUAAUCCUUGUUUGUAUCUUGUACAGCCAACUAGCCUUUAUUCUGGACUCAGUACAAUUCACCAAAAGUAAAGAGACAUUAUACAGAUGAAGUAAGCACAAGAUAACUUACUGGAAGACACAGAGUUAUCAUCAGAACCAGAACAAGAGAGCCUGAUAACAGUCAUGUGAAAAUAACAGUUAAAAAGUAUGUAUGUAUAAUAGAAAUAAAAAUAUAUUAGAAUUAGUGUAACUCGCUGUGAUCCAAACAAUAAAUCAGCCAUAGCUGAUUAGUAAAUAUGAAAUGAGGUCUGGGAGUUUUUAAGUUUCAUUC